UAAGUGCGCCUGCGCGGUCUGGUCCGGGUUCAUUUACCAAGGUACUGUAGCAGCAAUGCCGGAAGAUUGGGACAAGGACGUUUACAAACAGCCUGCCAGUCGGACUCCGGUAGUGGACAAGCAGACCGCCCUGCCCAAUCCUGCAUUUAUCGCUAGCAAGCUUUUUUACUAUGCGGUGGAUUUACCGGUUACAACCUUCAGGGAAUGGGUGGAACGGCAACAACAAAAGAAUAAAUUUUACUACUACCAUCAGAAUUUCAGACGAGUGCCAGAUUUGACUGACUGUCAACUGGGUGAUUACCUGUGCUAUUAUGAGGCAGAGAUGCAGUGGAGAAGGGAUUACAAAGUCGAUCAAGAAAUUAUUAAAAUUCUCCAGGAGCGUCUGAGGGCCUGCCAGCAACGGGAAGGUAACAGCUACGUACAGAACUGCGCCAAAGAACUGGAGCAGUUCAAGGAAGCAGCUAAAGGCUACCAGUCAAGAUAUGGUGAUCUUGGGGCUUAUGCUAGUUCCAAAAAAUGUCUAAUGAAGCAGAAACAUCGAAUGAUUGAGGAAAGAAAAAAGGCAAAAGGUGAAGCAUGAGAGCCCUUGCCAAACAUGCCUGUGGUCAUUUUUAAAUGAAAUGUGUGAUAACCAUCACUCGUGUAUAGUCUGAAUGUGUUCAAAUUGUGCAGAAUGCUAAAUUUCACAUGAAUGUGAUUAAGAUACAUGGACCUUCUAAAUAAUAAAUAAUGUCUAAUCUGUAACCUAUGCUUGUCAAUACUCUGGAUGUUUUGGUCCUUGUGACCCUCUGAAAAUGCAGGUAAUAUUUGCACUUUAUAGAUUAGAAAAUUAGCUCUCACUUCAGUAGUGUUCAUUUGGAAAAAUUUUAGCUUCUCCACUCACAAGAGUUUACCAGUGUUUUGGUUAAACAUAUCCAGCACUACCUGACCUUCUCAAUUAUCCUGGUAUUGCAAAGGUAUUUUUGUGAUUCAGUUAAUGCUAUGCCUAACAAUUUCCAAAGUGUAAAUGAAUUUGGAACAUCAUCCUCAAUUUUAUUUGUAUAAAGUUUGCAAGGGUAGGAUAUUUCCACAAAAUCCUAAUUUGUAUUUGAUAUCACUGUAUAUGUAUAUUGCACCUCAAAAUUGGUUUAGAGUAACCUGAUCAGCAAAUUAUUACAUAUUGCACCUCAAAAUUGGUUUAGAGUAACCUGAUCAGCAAAUUAUUACAAUCUGUUAACUAUGGUGGAAAGCUGCUAAAUUGUAAACAGAGGUUGGAUGGCCAUAUGCCAUUUUUCUUUUGAGGUUUUUAUCUUUAUUCUAUAAAAACUAAAUCAGUUGUUGAAACUUAAUUUUCUUCAGCUACUGUCCACCUUGCAUAUUACUUUGUCCAUCUUCCUUCUAGAUACCAAUGAGCGUGAUUUUAAAUUUGGUUUUGGGGAGAAAGGUAUGGUUCUACAACUGGUAUUUUAAAUGUUAAAUGAACAAUUAUUGGGCUGGACUCCAUAAUUAACUGAAGUAAACAAGGUUGGCAUUCAUCAUUAAGGAUCCCCACCACCCAGGACAUGCCAUCCUGAAAACAAGCACUCAUUGUUUUAGAAACUGUUUCUUCCCCUCUACCAUUUGUAAAAAGCCCAUGAAUUGAUGAACAGUACCUCUCCUUUUUGCACUACUUUAAUAUUUUUGUAAUUUAUAGUAUUUCAAUAUAUUGCACUGCUGCUGCAAAGCAAGAGAUUUCACAAUAUAUUACAAUGAUAAUAAAUCUGAUUCUGAGACGGUUUAGCAAAUUGUGAGAACGCAGCAAACAAAUGUGUAGGGAAAAUGAGGUCAUCAACAUUGGUGGAAAAGUUAAAAACUUUUAAAAAGUUAAAACAAGGGAGAUUACAACUUUCAGUAGUAGAAGUGGGGGGAAGGGAUGAAACAACAAAGAUUGGUAUGAAGUUAUUUAAGUAAAUAGGAUGUUAAGGGGGGGUGUUAGUAUAUCUUGCAAAGGGAAGUUUUUAUACAAUUCUAAACAGUGCUGGUGAAACCACAGUUUAAGUAUUUUUUUUAAAACGCAAACAACAGGAAUUCUGCAGAUGCUGGAAAUUCAAGCAACACACAUCGAAGUUGCUGGUGAACUGACGAAGGGUCUCGGCCUGAAACGUCAACUGCACCUCUUCCUACAGAUGCUGCCUGGCCUGCUGUGUUCACCAGCAACUUUGAUGUGUGUUGCUUCAAGUAUGUUUUUGUUGUCUUAAUAGGAAGGAUAAAUUUGCAUUGGAGAAGGUUCACUUGACUAAUUCCUGGGUUGAAAGGGUUAAGAAUUGGAGGUUCAACAUAUUGGAUUCACUAGAGUUCAGAAAAAUUGUGAUUUUAUUGAAACAUACAAGAUCUUGGUUAUUGACAGAGGCUGGCUUUGAAUAUAUUCGAGACCAUAAAACAUAGCAGAAUUGGGCCAUUUGUCCCAUCAAGUCAGGUCCGCCAUUGAUCAUGGCUGAACCCAGAUCCCAGUGCAAGACCAUAAAACAUAGAAACAGAAUUAGGCUAAGUAGACUAACAUUUAUUCUGUGAGGAAGUCAAGGGCCAAGGGGAUAGAGUAGAAAAUUGAUAGUAGUUGGAUGCAUUCUUUUCAUAUACCACCUUCCAAACACUGCACCAAUAUUUCCAGAUGCCAUUUUUAAAAAUUGUUAAAAUCCUACUAUUUCUUCUGGACCUGCAUUCCAGUUGCCAGUGUCCUACACAUUCACAAUAUCCUUUGGCACCUGCCUCACAGCUACCUUCCCACCCUGCUCUGUACAGUUUCUUAUCUCAGUAUACUAAUAGACUUAUCACUAACACAAGAUUCUGCAGAUACUAAAAAUCCAGAACAAUACUCCCACAAAAUACUGGAGCAACUCAGCAGGUCAGGUAGCAUCUAUGGAAGUGUUGACUUACUUAUUUCCAUAGGUGCUACUUGACCUGCUGAGUUCUUCCAGCAUUUGAUUGUUUUAUUGUAUUUUGUAAAUUAAAAUCAUCACAUAUCGGGACUAAUGGACCUCAUUACAUAGUGGCACACAAAGGUUUGGGCACCCCUGGUCAAAAUUCCUGUUACUAUGAAUAGUUGAGUAGAAGAUGAACUGAUUUCCAAAAGUCAUAAAGUUAAAGAUGAAACAUUCUUUUCAACAUUUUAAGCAAGAUUAGUGUAUUACUUUUGUACAAUUUUAGGGUGGGAAAAGAAGGAACAAUUGCAAAAGUUUGGUGUUUCCUCCUAUCGUCCGAAGACAUACCAUUUGCUGGGUUGAUUGGUCAUUGUAAAUUGUCCUGUGAUUAGGUUAUGAUUUGGGGGGGGGGUGAUAGUGGGCAGUUUGGCUUGACAUUGUAUGUCAAUAAAUAUCAAUUGAAUAUAUUGAAUUCUACAUUGCACAAUAAAGAUGAACAUACAUAAGCCAAGGAAGUUAUAUGGAUCCAUAAGAAUGCUGAUGCAGGGCACCUGGUCAUGGAUCUAUUAUAAAAUACAAUCUAUAAAAUAAUAAUGGCUUUUAUUAUUAAAGAUUUGCAAAUUCAGUAACUGCCAUUCAACUAAAAUAAAUGUAAUCACGUGAAAAUUCACAGCACAAAAACCAUGGAGCAAUGUAAAUAGGAAUUUUCUGGAGCAAAGGCAGGAUCUAAGGAACAGCCAAUAGACUAGUCAGGAAAGGGAGAACAGAUUUGUGGACAGGAAAUAGUUUAUAUUUAGCAGGCCCUUAAAGCUAUGCCACCUGAUUAACCCUAACCUAUUUACAGGACAACUUACAAUGACCAGUUAACCUACACAGUAUGUCUAUGGACUGUGGGAGGAAACUGGAGCACCUGGAAGAAACCCAUACAUUCCACAGGGUGGACAUACAAACUCUUUAGAGGAUGCCAGGAUUGAAUGCUGAGCUGUAAUAGUGCCACCCAAAAAGCAGUAAAGAAAAAUAAUACAAGAAUGAAUAGACCCCUAUCCCACUGCACUUUACAGUAUGUUAACUUCUUGUGACUAUGUACCCUCCAUAUACCUAGUAUGUUCAUAAUUAUUCUGCAGGGGGUUGUGGUGACUGACUACAACUGAGCCACAAAGAAGCUAUAACUGGGAAAUGCAGCAAACCUCAAUAAGAGCAAGAGAUCAGAAGCAUCCAAGAAACUUCCUGUUUUACACUUCAAUUAACUAGUUUUGAUUAAUAUCAUCUAAACAUUUUGAAUAUACUCAAAUUAAUACAGUAUUGCAUAUAUAAGUAAAACAUGGUAGAAGGUAGCACAUCCCAGCUAGCAGAACCCCUUCUAAGGACACACACCCAAAAUACACCCUUUUGUUAGUAUUGCAGGAGGCUCCAUGAAUAUACAACUGACUAGCUUAAGUAACUGAGCCUUUGUGUAGUUUCACAUUGAUUCUAUUGUCUGUUCUACUGCGAAUGGCUGCUAGAAAAUGAAACUCAAGGUAGUAUACGAUGACUUAUACAUGGAUAAUAAAUUUAACUAUGCCUUGGGUAACUGAAACAGCUUUAACAGUGGGCUAGUAGUGGAAACAUUCAUUUUAGAAACACAUACAUAAUGCUGAAGGAACUCAGCCCAGAACACCUUUCCCAUAGAUGUUGCCUGGCCUGCUGAGACCCUUCAUUAGGACUGGAGAAAAAAGAUAAGUCAGAGUAAGGUGAGGGGAGGAGAGCAAGUAGUACAUAGUAGUAGGUGAUGGGUGAAACCAUAAGGGGAGGGAUGAAGAGCUGGGAAGUCAAUUGCUGAAGGAGAUAAAAGGCUGGAGAAGGCAUCUGAUAGAACUCAGGACAGGGAAGAAAGAGGAGCAUGGACUGUCAGUCCAUGGCCUCUAUUGCUAUGACGAUGCCACAUUCAGGUUGGAGGAGCAACACA